GGGAUGCAGGCGGGACGCCGGGCGUUCGAUAGCAUCUGUCCCAACAGGAUGCUGCCGGACCCAUCGCCUCGGCCCCUGGGCAAAGCCGGGAAGCCGGAGAGGAAGCUGAGCUGUUCUCCGCGGAAGCCCUUCCCGGUCGGCAGUGGCAGAGGCCGAGUGUCGGUGUUCGAGGACCCCCGGGAUGCUGACCCCGUGGAGCUGCCAGGGUCGCCCCCCGAGUUUCAGGCUCCCCAUCUUCCCCGCGCAGCCCUCACCACCAUAGACCUCCAGGACCUGGCCGACUGCACCACGCUCCUCGGCUCCGGCGCGACCCCUGCUGGUCACCCCGCCGCCUCGCAGAACCAUUCUUUGCCACCUGAAACGGACUUGGACUUGCAGAAUUUUAGAGACACCGUGGAUGAUCUCAUUGCAGACUCCUCUUUGAUGUCACCUUCCCUGACCUGCGGCGAUUUCCCCUUCUCCCCUGGCGAUGUUUCGUCUUUUGGUUCCUGCCUGUCGGAGACCCUGGACCCAGCGGCCUUGCAGUCCCCACCCCGGGGUGCCCCAGACCUGCCUCCACCUGAGCAGUACUGGAAGGAGGUGGCCGACCAGAACCAGAGGGCGCUGGGGAAUGCUCUCGUUGAGAAUAACCAACUGCACGAGACCCUGACGCAAAAGCAAGAGGAGAUCGCGUCGCUCCGGGAGCGCAACGUGCAGCUUAAAGAGCUAGCCAGCCGGACCCGGCGCCUGGCGUCGGUGCUGGACAAGCUGAUGAUCACGCAGUCGGGAGAGGGCAGCGCCUCCUCGGAGCCUUUCCUGCCCCCGGCCACCCCGGCCAAGCGGAGCCUGGAGGAGCUGCUGUGCGCCGCCGGCCAGGACGGCUCGGAGGUGGACGCCAUCCUCAGGGACAUCUCCCAGCGCUGCGACCGAGCCCUGCGCGGCCGCGAUGCCAAGCGGCCCCGGCUGCAGCCGCCGCCCCAGGCCGGCCUGGACGCCGCGAGCCCGACCCGCAGGCCCGGGAACCUGCACGGCGCCUUCCGGGGCCUGCGCACCGCCUGCGGCCGGAGCGUGGGCCGCCGCGCCGGGCUGGGGCUCGGGCCCGAGCAGGGCGGCUCCUUCUGCACCCCGAUCCGCAGCCACCGCACCAUCCGCACGCUCGCCUUCCCCCAGGGCAACGCCUUCACCAUCAGGACCGCCCAGGGCGGCUACAAGUUCCGCUGGGUCCCCAGCUGAGCUGGUGGGGUGAGGACCCCCCCCCCAAAAAAAAACCAAACAAACUCGGUGUCCUCUCCCCAACCACCACCCCCAACCCCGGCAUCCACGUGCACGCCCGGGGCGCCAGAACCCUGCAGGAGAAGGCCACU